CCAGCCAUGGCGUUGCUCCUCCUCGUGCCGUGCCUCCUCUCACUCCUGCUUUCGCUCACCUGCCACGUGAACGCAGCUCAGUGGCACGAUUGUGGCUCCCAGCAUGUGGCCGUCACCGUGAAGAACGUCACCAUGCUGCCCGACCCACCAGUUGCCGGCUCGGAUUUCACCGUUGUGCUGCCCGCCGUCACAGCGACGUGCAUCCAGUCGGGCGUUGUGAGGGUGAGUGUGGCGUACUACGGGUGGCCGGUCUACACGUCCACGGUGCAGCUGUGUGACAAGACGCCCUGCCCCGUGCUGCCAGGCGCCUUCACCUUCUCCAAUCAGCAGCCUCUGCCCUUCCUCACCCCCGCUGGCGCGUACACGCUGUGGCUCAAGGCGCGCGACAGCAGCGGGCGAGAUCUGUUCUGCACGCGCGUGGACUUCACCAUCGUGCGCCCGCAGGCAGGGGAGAGGCAGCCCUCUCUGCGCGUGCAGACAGCUCAUCCACUUGACGUCCGGUCUAACUUAUUCUUGACUGGUGCGCCUGUCGCGCACUGCGACAAACCGCGCGCGAUGGCCCCGCGCCCGAAGAAGAAGGCGGUCGUGCGCGCCUCCGAUCGCGCAAGCAGCUCCGCCGACGCGCACGCAGGGCACGCGCGGUGGGCGUCGAUGCGCUCGCUGCUGCUCCUGGGCGGCGCGGGAAUGCUCUUCUACUUCCUCCUCGCGCGCUCCGACUACUCCGCGGGGUACCGCCACGGCGGGCCCAUGGGCGCAUGGCGGGGCGGGGGCGCGGGCGGAAUGGACGAGCGCUGGAUGGGCGGGGAGGACCAGUGGGGCGCGCGCGGGGGCGCAAUGGGGAGGGGGGAGUGGGGAGGCGCCGGGGGGCAGUUUGGGGAUCGGCGCGGGUUUGAGGGCGCGGCGGGCGGGUGGCAGGGCGCUGGCGGGGGGGACUGGCGGAACGACGGGGGAGGGCCGCGGCAGCUGGCGGGCGGGGAUAGGCUGGGGGGGGCGCAGGGAGGGGGAUGGGGGCAGCAAGGGGCCGCUGGAGGGUGGGACGCGGGGAGAGGGGGGAACGGGUUUCCACACCAGGGGGGCGGAUGGGGGGCAGGCGGGGGGAUUCAAAUGCCAGGCGGGGAGGGGGCGGGCGGGAUAGGCGGAGGAGCUGGGGGAAUGGCUACUGGCGGGGGCGGGUGGGGCGGAUUGAGAGGGGGAGCGGCGGGCGGGAUGGGUGAGCCCCAGCAGACGAUGCCGCAGGGGGCACUGCCCAUGCAGCACGGCGGGCAAGGCGGACAGGGCGGGCAGUGGGGUGGCGCAGGGGGCCGGGAGAGCAGCGGGUGGAGCAGUGGCACGGCAGCCCAGGCGCUCCCCCAGCAGCAGUGGGGCGCGGAGGGCGCCACCUCGGGCACAGCAGCAGCAGCAGCAGUUGGGGGAGGGGGAGGGAUAGAGGGGGGCGGGGGAGCGGCGGGCGGAGGAGGAGCGGGGGAGAGCGCGUUCCUGAGCGCGCCACACGCGCACUGGAAGCCGGUGGACGGGCAGUUCCCCCUGGAGGGCGGCACACCCCAGCGGUCGUACCUGACGGUGGACAUCUCGCGCACGCUGCUCAAGCGCGUGCACCUCGACGCCACGCGCUUCUCCGACGAGGCCAAGCCCAAACCCAAGGGCGCCCCCCCGCCACGCGCGUCACGCGGCCCCCCGUGCCCCGACUUUGAGUUUGCAUAUGAAAGGCUCCCCGGCGUGGGGUCGUGCUGGGAGGCGCCCCUGGCGGACAGCAGCCGCACGCCCACGCGGUACCCCGCCAACUGCCCGUCGCUGGACGAGAGCUGCAUCCAGGAAACGGACUUCCAACCCCACCCCAAGUGGGCCGCGCAGGUAAAGGGGAGGAACGGGGGGAUUUGGGGAGGGGGGGGUUUUGAGGCGACUGAAAGGGGAAGGGUUGGAAGGGACCUGCUAGUUGACGCUUUGUUCACUCGAACCACUCCCCCCACUCCCCCCACUCCCUCCACUCUCUCCUCUCACUCCUCUCACUCCUCUCCCUCCUCUCCCUCCUCUCCCUCCACUCCCACCACUCCCUCCACAAACACUGUUGCGCGCUUACAAUUGGUCGCUGCUCCCCUUGCCCUCCCUCGUCCCACUUGCCUUGUGCUUCUCCACAACCCCUUCAUCCCCCUCCUCCCCCGUAGCCCUGUUCCCCCCCCCCCUCACACACCUGCUCAUCCCAACCACCCCCCCCCUGAGUGCACUGCACUGCUCCGCUGCUCGCCGCCCACCUGCCAGUGUCCGCCACUCCACCACAUGGCGUGUUGUGUUGGUGCUGCACAAGUGCAUGUGAGCGUGGCAGGGCAGGUGCUGGUGUUACACAACGUGUACGUGAACCUGGCCGGCCAGGUGUUCAACGAGACGCACCUCUUCGACCACAACGCCUGUGCCGUCACGCUCGCCGCCGCCAACUUCCGCUACGCCUCCGGGCGCACGCGCGUGCGGCGCUUCAAGGAGCUCGUGUCGCUCGUCGACUGGUUCGCCUGGUCCGCCCGCGCCUACCUGCUCGAGCUCAUCCCGCUCUUCGUCUCCCUUAGGAAGGUGAUGGCGGCGAUGAGGGGCGUGGCGGUGGCGGUGGGGCACCGCCUCACGCACCGGCGCAACCAGAUGCAGCAGAUGCUGGCGCUGGGCGCCGAGGACAUUCUGGGCGUGCAGCUCUCCCGCAUGAACGUGCACGUGCUGCAGGGCGCCGACCUCUUCUUCGCUGAGAAGCUCAUUCUCCCGCUGCACCAGCGCUGCGGCCAACCAUCGCGCGCCAUGUGGCAGUACAUCCGCAACCACCACUUCCUGCCCAAGAACGGCCUCCCCAUGUUCUACUCCGACUACCGCCCCACAGCAGUAGCAGAGAACCCGCCGCCCAAGGACUCGUUCACGCCGCGCAACGACUGGGUGGUGCUGCUGGGGUGGAAGAACUCGCGCGAGGAGCUGCUGCGGUCGCUGCGCCUCAAGGAGCAGCUGGAGGAGCUCUUCCCCGCCGACCGCGUGGUGGUGUACCGCGAGGGCGCGCACAGCAUCCCGCGCCGCAAGGACCUGCUGAACCGCGCGCACCUGCUGGUGGCGCCGCACGACAACCUGCUGGCCGACCUCGUCUUCAUGCCGCCCGGCGCCGCCGUGCUGGAGAUCCGCCCCGUGGACGACCCCGACCCCGUGUUCCACCUGCUGGCCGACGUGUGCGACAUGGAGUACUACCUGGCGUUCAGUGAGCCCGUGGACAGCAAGGGCAAGGCCAAGGCGGGCAAGGGCGGGGAGGUGGCGCUGCGGGCCAAGGACCCCAAGGCGGUUGAGCGGCUGCUCAAGGAGAUUUCCAGGAAGGUUCUGGCCAAGGUGGAGCAGCUGAAGCACGUGUAG